AUGCUCAGAGACGAGCCUGAGUUGGACCGGUCUGAAAGACCAAGCAAAAGACAACGUGUUUCGACCUGUGUUGAGCUGAGAGCAAGCCCCGAAGACAUGAAUCUUUCCCACCCCACCAUACAACUCACGCCGAUUGAGAGCACACUGCGAACCCUCCUUCUAGACGUCGCACACCAUAUUCAUGAUAAUAAGCCUGCUGAGGAGGGUACUGUUUCUUCCAACUCUCCGGAAACUGUGCUGCGCUUUACCGGCGGCUGGGUUCGAGACAAGCUCCUCGGGGUUGACAGUCAUGAUAUCGACGUAGGGAUCAGCAGCAUGACAGGCUACCAUUUCGGCAUGGCACUCAAGAAAUAUCUGGAUGAGCCCGGGGUGUUGGAGAAAUACAAACAGAGCCUUCCAGAUGGAGAAAAGAGUGAUGCUGUUGUGAGCCUUCACAAGAUCGAGGCCAAUCCAGAGAAAUCAAAGCAUCUUGAGACUGUGACGACAAAGAUCUUCGGCAUGGACAUCGACCUAGUCAACUUGCGCAAAGAGACAUACUCGGAAGAAAGUAGGAACCCGCAGAUGGAGUUCGGAACCGCCGUUGAGGAUGCGCUACGGCGGGAUGCCACGAUAAACGCGCUUUUCUACAAUCUCAACCAGUCAAAACUAGAGGACCUUACAGAGCGUGGGUUGGAAGAUAUGAAAAAGAAGAUCAUUCGAACACCACUCGAGCCAUAUCAGACAUUUAAGGAUGAUCCGCUUCGUGUACUGCGAUUGAUUCGCUUUGCAAGUCGGCUUGGAUACCAAAUCGACCCGGAAACAGAGGCGGCCAUGCAGAAUGAAGAUAUCAGUAUCGCACUCAAACUCAAAAUUAGCAAGGAACGCGUUCUAACCGAGCUGGACAAAAUGCUUCAUGGCCCUGACCCGCGCGGUGCUUUGCAUUUAAUCGAUCGACUCGGACUCUAUCCAACGAUCUUUGCCAAUCACCAAGAUGAUGUCACUGCAGAUACCUCAACUUGGCCUCUAGCCUACAAUGCUCUUGCCCGAUUGCUACACCCCGAUGCAGAUGACGAUGAGGACGUCUUGGCCAUACUUGAGCGCAUUCGUCGAAUACUGCUCCAGGACGACUUGGCCGCUUACUAUGGAUGGAUGAUCGCCGCAUUCGCUCCAUGGACUUCCGUUCCUACAAGGACUUCAAAGGGCCCUAAAGGAAAGCCUGCUCCUACUCGCCCAGUGGAGAUUGGCCGGGAUAGCCUCCGUGCCGAUAAUAAAACCUUAAACAUCCUUCGCGACACAACCCUGAGCUUUGCCGAUAUUAUCGAGUGCCUUUCCCAGACGUUCCAAGGUACGGCUGCCGAAAUUCGACAACAAAUUGGACUCCGUAUCCGAGCCUGGGGUAAGGACUGGCGACUUUGUGUUCUCUUGGCCAUACUCCAGGAAAUUAUGAAGGGACGAAAUUUCGUGGAUGGUAAGACUCGUAUCUCAGUCUCUUUCAUGCAAGAUGACCAUGUGAUGCUAAUGGAAGCACAUAGUGACCCGAGAGUAUGA